CCCGCGGCAAAAAAACCCUCGAUCGAAGCUUCCAAAGCUGUCCAGGAUCAACUAAUAAUUCGCGAGCCAUUUCUGCGAGACUGGAUCCCUCCUUUCGGUUGCAAUCUCAAGAUCGGCGCAACUCUCGCGAGAUGAACUAACCCUGGUAGAUUGCGGGCCGCUUCUACAACGUUGAGACAAAGACGCGCAUUCGAGUCAACGACACACUCGAGAUAAGGACGCCGUGAUAACCCCCGAUGCGUUCAGCGAAACAAGUUAUUUCGGAGAAAUUUGCACGCCUGGGGCCUUCAGCCUCCACGAUGUCUUACGGCACCGCGACCUCUCAGCGGGGUCCUUCACAUACUCUGACCUCGCUCAAGCGCUGGUCAGUCGCGACCAAAGAACUCCCAGCCGUUUCACAAAUCAAAACAAUUCAUGUCUACGACUUUGACAAUACUCUGUUUCUGAGCCCUCUCCCCAACCCGCAAUUAUGGAACGGCUCAACCAUCGGGUUCCUACAGGCCUGGGAGAGCUUCGCAAACGGUGGAUGGUGGCACGAUCCUAAUAUUCUCUCUGCUACCGGCAAGGGAAUAGAGGUCGAGGAACCAAGAGCUUGGAAUGGUUGGUGGAACGAGCAAAUUUUGCGCUUGGUCAAAUUGAGCAUGGAUCAAAAGGAUGCACUGACCGUGCUCUUAACGGGUCGGGGUGAAGCCAACUUUGCCUCUAUCAUUAAGCGCAUGGUAGCCACUCAAAAUUUGGACUUUGAUCUCAUCGGUUUGAAGCCAGAGGUCGGGCCAAAUGGUCAACAGUUUGCAUCGACCAUGAAAUUCAAGCAAAAUUUCCUCGAGGACCUUGUUCUUACUUACGACCAGGCUGAUGAGAUUCGGGUCUACGAGGACCGUGUGAAGCAUGUGAAAGGAUUCCGAGACUUCUUUGGCACGCUGAACCGGAGCUUGCAAGCUGGCAAUGGCCCGGUGCCUCGAAAGCCCCUCAAUGCUGAAGUCAUCCAGGUUACCGAGGGAUGCACCUACCUUGAUCCUGUUACUGAAACUGCCGAGGUGCAGCGAAUGAUAAACUCCCACAACCUUCUCCGCCGGAACUCGUCCUUGGCAAAGGUCAAGUCACGACCCUCUCGGCUGCGUAUUAAACGUACAGUAUUCUACACAGGCUAUCUCAUCUCUCAACAGGAUUCGCAGCGCAUCAUUGAUGACCUACUGAGUCCAAUGUUGCAGCAUGCUGAGUCAAAUGAUCUGAAGUACAUGGCUAACAGCAUUCUGAUCACUCCACGCCCUGCCACUCAGACAAUUCUGGGUAAAGUUGGAGGCAUGGGAAAGAAAGUCAGCUGGCAAGUGACUGGACUAGGAGUGCUCGAAAACAAGGUUUGGGCGGCUCAAGUAGUGCCCAUUCCGUCAAACGAACCCGUUCACACGGAGAAUCCCACGCCACUGAUCGUUCUGGCCUGCCGCAGGGGAUCUCGUCCAGCUGAUGCAGGCAAGAUUAAUAACUGGCAACCUAUCCCGGCCGGACUAGCAAUGAAGAUUGACACCGUUGUCGGAGAAAAGGUCGUCUUGCGAGUUGAGGAAGACAAUCCGUACGAUGGCGAGUGGGACAACCAAUAUGUCAACCGAAGCCACAAGAGGCGCCACCAACAGGAACGUGAUGAAGAUAUUCUCUACCCCCAGACAGGCCAAGGCAGCGGCGGCUAUGAAGCUGUGAACCAAGGACAGUCACAUGGUUAUCACCCAUACCAGCGUUCAGGUGGCGACAAUCGACACUCCAACGAUGAAAGCUCCCGACGAGGUUCUCACCGAGGUCGCGGUCGUGGAAAUAGCCGUGGCCGAGGCUCUGCUCGCGGAGGUCGUGGACGUAGUCGUGGCGGUCGCGAUGGUGGCGCAAAUCCAUACUACAAGUCACUUGAUGACCAGGGCAGUGGCGGGUAUGAUGGAUCUCACGACAAGGGUGGCAAUGGAGGCGGAGGCUUUCCAAUGGACUACUAAAGACCCUGGCGUUUGCCUGAAUGUGUGUGGUCGACUGAAGGGUAUAUAUGCUAUCCUGUCGCGUUUCUAUGGCUUCUAAUGCAUUGGUUAUGGCGCACAUCGGAUACGGAGCCUGCAAUCUGCAGACGUGGUUGUCUCUUCAGGCUUUAGUCUAUCUCUUUGAACAAACAUACUUUUACCGUCCAUAGCAGAAUAGAUUCAUUAUGCUCCUGUGGCCACU